AUGAUUAUUACGGCGGAGCCGCCGGCGAAAAGAGUCAGUACUCCCGUCCUUCCAACCCACCACCUUCGUCCGCUCAGCAGGAUAAAACGCAGGAGCGUGGAUACGCACCUCAACAACAGCAGCAGCAGCAGCAGCAGCAGUACUACCAGGGGCAGCAACAUCCUGGAUACUACAACCAGCAAGGUUACAACCAACAGGGCUAUAAUCAGCAAGGUUACAAUCAGCAAGGUUACAAUCAGCAGGGAUACAACCAACAAAACCAUCAACAACCCGUCUACGUCCAGCAACAGCCCCCUCAGAAGGGUAAUGAAGGCUGUAUUACUGCGUGUCUGGCUGCGUUAUGCAUAUGUUGUACCAUGGAUAUGCUAUUCUAAGGGAAAAAACGCAAAAAAACAUAAAAAUUGGCAAAAGAAUAAUAUCUCUCUCUCUGUUCUUUUUGGCCCUCCUUUGCCUUUCUUUCUUCUCUUCAAUAAUUUUUUCUUUUUUUUUUUUUUUUUUCUUUUGCAAAGAGGCUAA